AUGGCUCUCUUGUGUGCAGUUCUGGUGCUUUUAGCCCUAUUGCAGCAGCGGCUGCUCCCGCAUGCGCACAGCAGCGUCGUCAUCGUCCACAGCAGGUCAACGUCGCCAGCAGCAGCGGCAAUCCAGAGUAGCUUCUCUGAGUUUCUGAAGGGGCCCCUUCGACUGAACCUUGCCUACAGACUGCAGCAGCUGAAGAAUCAGCAACACCACAUCCAGCAGCCACAACCAUUCCCGGCAUACGUGCGACUUCGGUGUGCCGGUGCUGGAACACAGCCGAGAGCAAUAACGGCAUCCUAUCCCUCAGCAACAGCAGCACUAAAUGCAACUGCAACAAAGGUCGCCGCGCCCCAGUCUGAUUUAGAACAUUCAGCAUCGACAACAGCAACACUUGGUACAAAAGCAACUGCAGCAGCAGCACCCGACCUGCCGUUUCGAAUCGGACAUGGCUAUGACAUGCACCGUUUGUCUACAAAUCCCCAGACAGUCACAGGCCCCCUGGUGCUCUCGGGAGUUUCCUUCGCCUCUGAGGCAACAGAAGCAGCAGCAGAAGCAACAACCGCUGAUGGCGAACAACCACAGGCCAUAUUGGGGGCUGCAGCAGCGGUUUCUGCUGCUCUUCGGGGUGGACACCAGCUCCUUUCGGCUGCCUCAUUAGGCAUUAGGCGCUUGUUCAGACGGGCCAUACACAGGACUAGCACUAGCAGCAACGACAACGGCGGCGGCGGAGGCUGCAGCAAUGUUAGACUCGGUGUGAUAGCCCACUCAGAUGGCGACGUGGUGCUGCAUGCUGCAGCAGACGCCAUAUUUGCCGCGUCGGGGGCUGCUGACAUCGGACAGCAUUUCCCUGACACAGCAGCUGAAAACAAAGGCCGAGACUCCAGAGAUUUUGUCUCAGCAGCGGCAGCAGCGGCUGCUGCUGCCGGGUACACCGUAGCGCAGCUGGACGUAACCCUCCUCUUGCAGCGCCCCCGAAUCGGUUGCAAGAAGCACCAGAUGGUUGAAAACCUCGCAGCAGCCCUAGGUAUCCACAGCAGCCAAGUUUCAAUUAAGGCGAAGACGGGAGAAGGCAUAGGGCCUGUGGGGCGCAGCGAGGCAGUAGAGUGUCACGCGGUGGUGCUGUUGCAGCGAAUGGGGCUACGCACACCGCAGUAA